CGGAACAUGACUGAAGAAAACGCCCAUGGCGACUCCUGCAGGGAUCUCUGCACCGGAUGAAGGGGCCCUCCCUCAGGAGGGGGAUCAGGCGAGGGGGAAAUGGGGCAACAAAAUAGAGUUCUUAUUCUCCAUGGCUGGGGAAAUUAUUGGCCUCGGGAAUGUUUGGCGUUUCCCUUUUCUGUGCUAUAGAAAUGGAGGAGGUAUCUUCUUCAUCCCUUACUUUGUGUUCCUCUUCUUCUGCGGCAUCCCGGUCUUCUUCCUGGAGACGGCGAUGGGCCAGUACACCAGUGAGGGUGGGGUGACCGCCUGGAGGAAGAUGUGCCCCAUGUUCCAGGGAGUGGGCAUUGCUGCCCAAGUGAUUGUGGGCUAUCUGAACAUCUACUACAUCGUGGUGUUGUCCUGGGCCAUCUUCUACUUGUAUAACUCCUUCAAAAGUCCGUUGCCCUGGUCUACAUGUGACAACUGGUGGAACACUAUGCAAUGUCGGGGCCACUCCAGCGUCUUCGGCAACCCGCAUUUGUUUCAGCCUGGCUCCAACUGGUCGUUCCUCUACAACAUCUCAUCAUCUGACUAUCUAUAUAACUCCACUGACCUGGAUGAACCAUACAAGUCUGCCAGGUCACCCGAAGAGGAGUUCUGGCUGCACCGUGUGUUAAGGAUGUCAGGUGACAUGUCCCUGGGGAAGGUCCACUGGGACCUGGCUUUGUGUCUCCUGCUUGCCUGGAUUAUUUGUUACUUCUGCAUCUUUAAGGGAAUCAAAUGGACCGGAAAGGUGGUGUACUUCACUGCUACAUUCCCCUACCUGAUGCUGUUAAUCCUCUUCAUCCGGGGAGUGACACUCCCGGGAGCCUGGGACGGAAUUAGAUAUUACCUCACGCCUGACUUAAGCAGGAUCUAUGAUCCACGUGUGUGGCAUGACGCGGGGACUCAGGUGUUCUUCUCCUACGCCGUGUGUCAGGGGGUGCUGACCGCCCUGGGCAGCUACAACAAAUACAACAACAACUGCUAUCGGGAUUGCAUGGCACUGUGUUGCCUGAACAGCGCCACCAGUAUCUUUGCUGGUUUUGUCGUGUUCUCGGUGCUGGGAUUCAUGGCUCAGGACAUGGGCAUGUCCAUGGACCACGUCGUUUCUUCAGGUCCCGGUCUGAUCUUUUUGACAUAUCCAAGGGCUCUGUCCCUGCUGCCCGGCUCCUCCUUCUGGUCUGUGCUCUUCUUCCUCAUGAUCCUCUUCCUGGGCCUGGACAGUCAGUUUGUGUGCGUGGAGAGCAUGGCCACGGCCCUCACAGACUUGUUCCCACAUCGCCUGAGGAGGCCGGGCCGCAGGGAGCUGCUGACCCUGGUCAUAGCCGUUGUUUGUUUUCUAUUGGGGCUGCCGCUCAUCACUGAGGGAGGGAUUGUCGUCUUCCAGCUCAUUGACUUCUAUGGUCCUAGUGGAAUCACUCUGCUCUUUAUAGCCUGUUUUGAGACCAUUGUCAUCGGAUGGGUGUAUGGUGCGGACCGUUUCUAUGACAACAUUCAGGACAUGAUUGGGUACCGACCGUUCCCCGUGCUGAAGUACUGCUGGUUGUUCAUCACGCCGCUCAUUUGUGGGGUCACAUUAAUAUAUGAAGUUACAAAUUCAUACCGUCUCACCGUGUAUGACUAUGAAAUCGGUGCCUGGGGCACAAGUUUUGCCUCGCUCCUCAUCCUCGCUCCACUGAUGUGCAUCCCACUAUUCGUUUUGGUCUCCCUGUAUCGGAAUCCUCUAAACAUGAGUACACCAUCGAGUGACCUGCGGCAGGCUCGACCAGACAAGCCAAUUCUCACACUGUGUGGACGCGUCAUCUUCAAGGGGCAGGCCAAGCCCAGCCGGCACGCGGCGGAAAACAAAGACGGUGUGAUGAUGGUGGAACCCGUCGGGGUUUGAUGACGGCCUGUUAUGGUGCAUAACGGUCAUCGUUGGACAAAACUACAAGUGUUUACACCUUUCAUAUUCAGGGACAGUUAUAUUUUUUUCAUGUUUUUUUUAAAAUAAUAAUGCAAAAGUCCCACAAAAUGUACAUUUUUAUAAACACCAUUUAGCCUAUACUCUAAGUGGCUUAUAAAUGUCUUUGUUCACAGAAACAGUAAUACUCCAGCAGACCUUCUAGCCGACUAUGAUGUGGAAAAAAUAUGGUUUUCGCCUUAAAAACAUGCAUCUGGAGAAUUUGAAUCAGUUCCAUGUUUUACUCGCAGUUGCAAAUUUUAGAAGCAUUUUGUCAUCGCAUGUCUAAUACUGUUAAAACUGUGACAUCCUACAACGUUGAUCUAAUCAAAACACAAUUAAGCUACGCUGGAUUUGAUGAUUUACUGCAGUGGUGCUGUCAUGUCCAUUACGGGUUUGUACACUGCUAGGUUGACUUUUGUUUAGAUGGAUACAUCUAUAAAGCCAUGAUAUAAGUCACAAUAGCAAUGGACCUCAUUAAUCUCAUUAAACAUAUUCCCAUGCUUAUUA